GCUGUUUGUGGGCAAUCUUAGUGGCAACGCCUAAGCUCAACUUCCUUGCCUUUUCUUUACGUUUACGCCUAAUGGAAUCGGGCUACUCGUCAAAUUCAUCUGAAACAAUAUCCCUCCGAGGGGAAGGGGCGAAGAAAAUUGAAAAGUAGACUGAAUUCAUGUUCUAUUUGGUUUUUCAAUUUUGAAAUCCCAUGAAACUCAUGCUUACAAAGGUACACACCAAUUUGCCUCCCAGUAUCAGCCAAAAACUUGUCAAUCUUUAUGUGAAAUCAGGUGAUCUUGGAAAUGCCCGCCAAUUGUUCAAUAAAAUACCAGAACCAGACAACCGUUUAUGGACACUCUUGAUUUCUGCUUUUACAAAGCGGGGUCUUCCCCAGGAAUCCUUGAAGCUCUAUGCUGAAUUACAGACGAGUAACGUCAAGCCUGAUAAGUUGGUUCUAUUAUCUGCCAUCAAGGCUUGUGCGGUCUCGGCAGACCUCAUCCAUGCCAAAGAGGUUCACGAAGAUGCAAUUAGGUACGGAUUCUGCUCUGAUCUUGUACUGGGCAAUGCGUUGAUCGAUAUGUAUGGGAAGUGUAGGUUCUUAUUAGGUGCGUGCAAAGUUUUUGAUGAGCUGCCCUCGAAAGACGUGAUUUCCUGGACUUCGAUGUCUAUGUGUUAUGUUCAUUGUGGGCUCCCAAGGGAAGCUCUGCAAGUUAUUCGAGAAAUGAGGUUGACCGGAAUGAGACCCAACUCAAUAACUGUGUCAUCCAUUCUGCCAGCAUGCUCUGCUUUAAAAGAACUACGUUCUGGAAGAGAAAUUCAUGGUUUUGUUGUUCGAAAUGGGAUGGGAGAGAAUGUUUUUGUGAGCAGUGGGCUUGUGGACAUGUAUGCUAAUUGUUUGAAUAUGCAGCAAGCACAGACCGUCUUUGAUUACAUGUCACACAGAGACACGGUGUCCUGGAAUGUGAUUUUAACAGCACAUUUCUCAAAUGGAGGCUUCGAAAAGGGGCUUAGUAUCUUCAACCAGAUGAGUACUGCACGGGUUAAGUUGAACCCUGCCUCAUGGAAUGCUGUGAUCAGUGGAUGCAUACAAAAUGGGCGAAAUGAACAAGCACUUGAGGUAUUUGCUCAAAUGCAAGAUUCAGGGUACAAACCCAAUCCUAUCACAGUUGCCAGUGUCUUGCCGGCUUGCUCAAAUUUAGAAAGCUUAUGGGGAGGCAAAGAGAUCCAUAGCUAUACCUUCAGGCAUCAGAUUCUGGAUGAUGUAACUGUAGCAACAGCUCUGAUCUUCAUGUAUGCAAAAUGUGGUGACUUGGAGCUUUCCCGAAGGGUAUUCGAUAGAUUGCCUAGACGGGAUACCAUUGCUUGGAACACCAUGAUCAUGGCAAACUCAAUGCAUGGGAGUGGCAAGGAUGCACUGUCGGUCUUCCAAAAGAUGAUAGACUCAGGUGUCAAGCCUAAUCAUGUCACUUUCACCGCUGUUUUGUCUGGCUGUAGCCAUUCACAACUUGUUGAGGAAGGCCGCUUGAUUUUUAAUUUGAUGAGUAAGGACUAUUUGAUUGAACCUGAUGCUGAUCAUUAUUCAUGUUUGGUUGAUAUACUCAGCCGUGCAGGUUACCUAGACGAGGCAUAUGACUUAAUCCAGAAAAUGCCAAUGGAACCAACAGCCAGUGCUUGGGGAUCAUUGCUUGGUGCAUGUAGGGUGUACAAGAAUAUAGAGUUGGGACGGAUGGCAGCACAUAGACUGUUUGAGAUUGAACCGGAUAAUGCAGGGAACUAUGUUUUGUUAUCCAACAUAUUUGUUAAUGCCAAGCUAUGGGGUGACGCGUCACAGAUCAGAAAAUUGAUGAGAGACAAAGGAAUUAUAAAAGUACCAGGUUGCAGUUGGGUUCAGGUGAAAAAUAGAGUUUAUACUUUUGUUGUGGGAGACAAGAGAAAUGAUCAGAGUGGCCAGAUCUAUAGAUUUCUUGAUGAGAUGGGGGAGAAGAUGAGACUUGCUGGGUAUUUGCCUGAUACAGAUUUUGUUCUCCAAGAUGUGGAUCAGGAGGAGAAGGAAGAGGUUCUGUGCAAUCACAGUGAAAGGCUUGCCGUUGCUUUUGGCAUACUUAACCUGAAUGGGGGAUCAUCAGUUAGGGUUUUCAAGAACUUGAGGAUCUGCAGAGACUGCCAUAAUGCCAUAAAGUUUAUGUCAAAGAUUGUUGGAAUACAGAUUACUGUAAGGGAUUCCCUGAGGUUUCAUCAUUUUAGAUCUGGGUUGUGUUCCUGUAAAGACUUUUGGUAGAAUCUAAAUUCAUUCUGAUGUCUGAAAUUCUUGUUUGAUGCUAGGGAACUGGAAGGAACCAUCUCUCUCAAGAUAUCCUCUACAUGACAUACAUUCUGUGAUGAGAUGUGUUCAUUGGUUCCACCGACAUGGUCUGAUGAUUCCAAUGACCCAUUCUUUUGCAUUCCUUUGA